AUGAAACUGAUGGAGUUGAUUUUCAUGGACUAUGAGAUCAACUAUCGCAAAUUUGAACACUGGCAUGCGAAGCAACGUAAGGAAGCAUUACAACUGGCGCUGCAGGAGAAUCAGAACAAGAUUUUUGCUCUGGUCAGACCAACGGGGAAAACCCCACUGCAACACCUGGAAGUACGUGCUGAAACACAAAUCCUGGGAGUUUCUGAUGAUGGAACGCAAAUUCAUGUUGAAGAUGUACAGUCAAUCACUGAACAAUGUGUGAUCAAUAUUGAAGGGCAACACCUUUCAGUGGUUUCCGCUGAUGGUCCAGUUCUCACUCUUUCAGCUGCCAUUGACUCUGAGCACCCAGAAGUUGCACAGAUCACCAGACACUUUUCUACGGUGGAGCAAAUUCAAGGGCAUCUUGCAGAAUUCUGGAGUGAACGGUGGUGGAAAUCUCCACCAUCCGAGUCAGACUGGCGGCGCAUUUUCCAGUUUGGUGAAGCUUACCUUCAACCUGUACCAGAGCAACAUGAGAACAUCACGGUUGGGCAGUGGAAGGAGACCAACAAGAGGUACAAGUCUUCCGCAGCUCGUGGUCCUGAUGGAUAUGCACGCAGAGAUCUGCAAUGGAUGCCAGAGGUUUUCCAAGAGAAUCUGAUUCAACAGAUGAACCACUGGGAGACCAUUGGUGAAUUUCCGGCAGCUUUAUGCACUGGCUUUGUGCAUCCGCUGCCUAAGCGUGACGACUCAGUGCUUGUGGGUCACCAUCAGUUUGGCUUUCUGCAGAACAAAGAAGGAGCUGAAAUCUGGAUGUUGAUCCAGGCCACAAUAGAGGAAUCCAUCCUGACGCAGAAACCAUUGGCAGGAUAUGUCUCUGACAUUGAGAAAGCUUUUGAGGGCCUACCACGGAAACCUUUGCUCUGGUUGGGGCAGCGCCUGGGAGCUUCAAAGAAAGUGUUGAGACUCUGGGAUUUCUUUCUCAGCAAUAUGUCAAGGAGGUUUACACUAUCAAACGAGGUGGGUCCUCCUUUACUCUCAAACACAGGAGUUCCAGAAGGAUGUGCCAUGUCAUGCGCGGCUAUGGCCAUUGCCAAUGUGGUUUUUCACAAGUAUAUGGAUCUGUAUGCAAGAGUCACCUCGCUCAGUUUCGUGGACAAUCUUGAGCUUCUCAGUCGAAGCACAUCCAACCUACAUGAUGGCAUUCUCAAGAUGCAUGCAUGGUCAGACAUGUGGGCGCUGAAAUUGGACGCAAAGAAGAGUUAUGCUUGGGCCAGUACUCCUUAUCUGCGUGCUCAGUGCAAGCAGACCAACGUGGAAGUCAAGAUGCAUGCCAAAGAUCUGGGGGCGCCUAUGACCUAUGGUAGCAAGCAUAGUGUUGUAGAGCAGCUGGACAGAAUCAAAGCUUUGAAACCUCUGUGGCAACUGUUAAGGAGGAUGGCGGUAUCGCUCUGGAUCAAACAGAAGGUUUUGAUCCAGGCCUUUUGGCCUAGAGCGUACUAUGGCAGUGCCAUUUGUUGCAUGAGCUGGACACACACAAAGCAGCUGCGAACAGAAGCCAUGCGGGCUCUGAAGGCCAAUCGAGGAGGUGCAAACCCCGGCAUGAGGCUUGCUAUUCUUUGUCGGCCCCAAACAGAUCCAGGAUAUUUCCAUUUCUGGCAAGUUCUCCUCACUUUCAAGCGCAUAUGCAACAAGCAAGCUGGAUUCAUGCAACUCUGGAGUGCCUUUAUGCGCAGUUAUCAGGGAGCUCCAUCUUAUGGACCAUUUGGCAAACUCCUGGAGAUUUGUGCUCAGGUAGGGUGGCAAAUUGAACCACCCAUGCUGAUUGAUCAUGAUGGGGUUGCCUUCAACUUACUGCACAUUGGACAGAAGAGACUUGAAGAUCUCGCAAUUGAUGCGUGGCGUCAAGGAGUUGCAGCAGCCUUUAGCAAGCGCAAAGAUGUCCAAGGCCUUCAGGGAAUUGACUGGCGAGUGCUCGACAAGGUGCAUAGAGCAUUGGCUCCCUUCAAGCGUGAAGCGAUUCAUGUCCUACAAGAUGGGACGUUUGUGGAAAGGCGUAUCCACAGUAAGUAUGACCUCACCAAAGAUGGCAGAUGCAUCAAAUGCGGGCAAGAGGACUCCAUCUUGCACAGAUGCAAAUUGUGCCCAGCAACCCGCCAGGUGCGAGAGCAGUUUCCCUAUUUGAUGCAAAUUUGGGAUCACUUACCUCAAGCCUUCUCACUUCGACUGUUGCCAUCUCGAAAUCCUUUUGAGAUGCAGUACAAGCAGAACCUUGCGCAAGCAGAGGCCAAGCGAAUUGGACUGAAAACCUUGAGUCCCAAAGCUCAGCUUGACCUUUUUACAGAUGGUUCAUGUCUUGACCCUAUGUAUCCAUGGGGAGCAGCAGCAGCAGCAUGGUCGGUGGUAAGUGCAAUGCAUGACAAGGUGGUUGCUAAGGGAACAGUUGCAGGAUGGCUACAAACCAGUGACCGAGCUGAGGUGAUUGCCAUUAAGGAAGCAACCAUAUAUGCAGUCCUCAAUUCAGGACACACUACAAUUUGGUCAGACAAUGCCUAUGCGGCAGGAGGUGUUGCAAGGAUUCUGCAGAAUAUUGAAGAUGUCCCGACAGAUGUUCAUGCGGAUGUGUGGGAGGAGAUUCAAGCUCUUCUUCAUGGGCAUGAUGGGAGGAUUCAUGUACAACAUGUCAGUUCGCACAGAGGGUUGGAUCGCCUAUUGAUGGAUGUGGAUAGUUGGACAGCUUACUGGAAUGAUCGAGCAGACCAUGAAGCAGUGAUGGCUCACUCAUUGAGGGCAUUUGAGUUGGAGACCUCCCGCAAGCAGAUGCUGGAUCAUUUCCAUAGGCAAACCGAGAUCCUCAAACUAUUAGUAGACUUUCACUUCAUGAUUGCCGAGACCUUUCACGCCAAGGACCCAGAGAAUUUUGAAGAAUAUGACAUGGAGCAGGCUUGUGAUGUUGAUGAAGGGCUGGAUGGUCAGCGAAUUUGUCCUCACAGCGUUCCUUGGCAACGAGCAUUACCAGAACUUCCAGGGGAUGACCUUGGAGCGAUGCAAAUGGUUGGCAAGUUUGGGUACGUUUUCACAAAAGACAUGUUUGACUGGCUCAGGGCUGAGACACUUGAAGAGGAUGCGGUUACCUUUAAAGUGUCACUUAUUGAGCUGGCAAUUCAUCUUGGUCUUGGAAAGGUGAACACCAGACUGCCAAUUCCAGACUUGAAAGAGAAGAAUCGAUGGGUGGACCCACAAGUUCUUCCUGCGGCAAUUGUGGACAAACAGACGGUGGCAGCGAUUUUGAAGCUCCUUCGAAAUUUUUUCCUGUCAUUAGAUGAAUGUUUUGAUUUUGAAAUCCAAUGGGUUGAAUGCCUUGAUUUGACAACCGUUGGUGUCACACCUCCACAGAGAGGUAUGGCUUUGAGGCUAGGCUGCAACACCGUCAAAACGAUGGGACAGCAGUUAGCGGCUUUUUCAAUGAAGCGCCCAAUACGGAAGGCUGGAGAUCUUUCUAGACCUGUCCAUUAG